UCGCCGACGUCACGUGCGUUGACGGUGUGUCCGGAGUUUCCCUUCCGCUGACAGGGUGCUGUCACACAGCGACAAUGUUAUCUCAUUCCCGGUGUCUCACCAGGAAUUUUGGCCGUUCCCUCUCUGCCAUCCGCCAGGGGAAUAGUAUUAUAGUUCGACGAGCCCCAGCAGCCCUAUCAGCUGGCAAUGCUGUCACGUUGAACAGUAAUGUAAAAUCUGAUCCCCGUUCCAGCGUCUUCCAGAUCCAAUACUUUAGGACAUCUGUGGCCUACAGAGAUGAAGUUGUGACGGUCAAGACCCCUGCUUUUGCAGAGUCUGUCACAGAGGGAGACGUGAGGUGGGAGAAAGCUGUUGGAGACUCUGUCUCUGAAGAUGAGGUUGUGUGUGAAAUUGAAACAGAUAAGACAUCUGUUCAGGUUCCCUCUCCUGCUGCUGGAGUGAUUGAGGAACUUUUGGUCCCAGAUGGAGGGAAAGUUGAAGGAGGAACUCCCCUUUUUAAGCUUAGAAAAGGAGCUGGUGCCCCUAAAGCUGCAGAACCUCCAAAAGCAGAGGCCCCAGCGGCUGCAGCUCCUCCACCGUCAGCUGCCCCACCUUCUCCUCCACCUCCUCCCCCUUCAACUGUGGGACCCAUUCCCACCACCAUGCCUCCUGUGCCACCUGUGCCAGCGCAUGCAAUGGACACUAAACCAGUUUCAGCCAUUAAGCCCACUGUUUCCCAAGCUGCACCAGUGACCCACACAGAGGGCGGGGCUAAAGCAGCAAGGACAGAGAGCAGGGUGAAGAUGAAUCGCAUGAGACUAAGAAUUGCCCAGAGACUGAAGGAAGCCCAAAACACCUGCGCUAUGCUGACAACAUUUAAUGAGGUCGACAUGAGCAACAUCUCAGAGAUGCGGAAGAACUACAAAGACGCCUUCCUGAAAAAGCACAACAUCAAACUGGGCUUCAUGUCUGCAUUUGUAAAGGCCGCUGCUUAUGCUCUAACUGACCAACCUGCUGUAAAUGGCGUGAUUGAUGACACAACCAAAGAGAUCGUGUACCGGGACUAUGUUGACAUCAGCGUUGCUGUUGCCACGCCAAAAGGUUUGGUGGUUCCUGUCAUUCGAAAUGUUGAAGGAAUGAACUUUGCUGAUAUUGAAAAGGCGAUCAAUUUGUUGGGAGAAAAGGCUCGUAAAAAUGAGCUUGCUGUUGAAGACAUGGAUGGAGGCACCUUUACCAUCAGCAAUGGAGGCGUUUUUGGGUCAAUGUUCGGUACACCUAUAAUAAACCCCCCGCAGUCUGCUAUUCUUGGCAUGCAUGGCAUCUUUGACCGGCCCGUUGCAGUCGGUGGGAAGGUUGAAAUCCGUCCUAUGAUGUAUGUCGCCCUGACAUAUGAUCACCGUCUGAUAGAUGGAAGGGAGGCUGUCACUUUUCUGCGUAAGAUCAAGUCGGUAGUGGAGGACCCCAGGGUGCUGCUCCUCGACAUGUGAUCUCACAUCUGCUCCAACCCCAACCAAAAGGAAAAAACACAAAAAAGCUUAAUAAAAGAAAACAAAGUCCGCACAAGCAGUGGCUCUACGCACUUGAUAAACAUUACUUUAACUGCAGUUAAUGUAUUGUGUUGGUCAGCUAGGAAUAAAGGAUCUGUGUUAAACAGUUUGAUUUUGAAAAGAACAUUGGAGGAAGUGAUAAAAUAUGAGGCCGUUGUAAAGGAAGGACGGAGUUCUGAGAUUUCUGGUGCUGGUCUUUAGAUUAAAAAAAACAAAAAAAAAGAAGUACUUUGGUGUUUGCCAUAUGUCAUUUUCUACAUGCAUCUCAAAUGCUUUUGUUUAUUGUAAAAAUGACAAGGCAAGUACAGAUGAAACUGCAUAUUGUAAUUUUAUUAAUUUGGUUGAGAGCAGAACAAUCCGCACAGAACUUGAAAUCUCACAAAGUGAAAAAACUGAGAUUUUAUGCCAUCUAGCGAAAGAAGUAUAGAGAGAAGACCUCUCUUUUUGCCGUGUAAGAAACUAUUUAAGAAGAAAAAAUGUUUUAAACAAUAAAAACUUCAUUACCCAA